CUUGUAUGACCCGGGAGUGAAAGAGUGGAACAUCAACAGCCUGAACACCAUUCUGGACUAAUUAAAUGAAGAUUAUGGCAUCAAGAUAGAGGGAGUGAACACAGCGUACCUGUACUUCGGCAUGUGGAAGACCACGUUUGCCUGGCACACAGAAGACAUGGACCUCUACAGUAUCAACUACGUGCACUUUGGUGCUCCCAAGUCAUGGUAUGCCAUCCCACCUGAACAUGGAAGAAGACUAGAGAGGCUAGCAUGUGGUUUCUUCCCGGGAAGUUUCCAGAGCUGUUCCCAGUUCCUCCGUCACAAGAUGACGCUCAUCUCUCCGUACACCCUCAAACAGUACGGCAUCCCCUUCGACAAGAUCACCCAGGAGCCAGGAGAGUUCAUGAUCACGUUCCCUUACGGGUACCACUGUGGGUAUAACCACGGCUUCAACUGCGCAGAGUCCACUAACUUUGCCACCAUGCGAUGGAUCGACUACGGCAAGAGGGCCAAGCCGUGUGCGUGUCGGAAAGAUGGAGUCAAGAUCAACAUGGACACCUUCGUUAAGAACUUCCAGCCUGAACAGUACGACCAGUGGAAGUCAGGGAAACAGAUCAUCCAUAUCCCAGACGUAGACGGCGCACACCGCCCCUCCCACAGUCACGAGUCCCUGGGGAAGAGAGUCAGCCCCAACAACGAUCAGAGGAAGCGCAAAAACGUGUCGACGACAGCGGCACGCAGACAUCCCAUCACCCACCCUGAUAAAGACUCCAAAUCCAAAGACGCCAAGGCUACAAAGAAGCGUGGUCGUCCCAAGAAGGAGGAAACCAAGACGUCUGCGGAGGUGAAAGUGGAAGUUAAGACGGAGGAAGACGUCCCCCCGGCGCUGGUGCCGGAGAGGUUACCUUCCAUCCAGGAGGAGCUGGAACAGAUCAAGGAAAAACCUGCACUACAGACAGCAGAAGUGGUGAGGGUAAAACAGGAGCCAGAGGACCCCCUCCCAGCCAGACCACAGCCAGUUAUCAGCAGUGAGAAACUCGUCCUGACCGCCAAGACCAGCCAGGUCAAAGUGGAGACCUCAGAGGAUAGAAGUCCCCCCGUGCUGAAGCCAGAAGAGAGACUACCCCCCUUCCUGAAGAGAGAAGACCCCCUCCCUUCCCCAGAGCCUCCCAGAAAGAAGCUCUGCGCCGGCAACGGGGCAACGACCCCCAGCAAAGAACCGGAAAUGCCCACCCUGAUCAGCGACAACGAGAUCGUGGAUAUCGUGGAGAUCUCAUCGACAGGUCAGACCGAGUGGCAGGCGUCUCAGAGUUCUUCCACGGCAGGCAUCCCAGUCAUAAAGAAGAUGAGCAAACCCUUACGGAGGCACCCCAUCAGUAAGGCACCACCCAAGUCACCAACGUCAGUUACCAAGCAGGAGAGCAGUGAUGAAGACCUUCCCUUCGGUAUUGAGGAGAGUCUGGACACGUGGAUGCAGUCCAUGGCGGGCCUGUGGGUGUCCAGCCCUCCCAACUUCCCUCUGGAGAAGAUGCACAACGACAAGAUGUCUAAACAGGACCCUUACUGCGCUGUCUGCUCACUCUUCAAGCCAUACAAUACGGUCCACCCUGACGCCCCCUCCGGCUCGAACCCGUACACAUGUCGGCUGCCGCGGCCGGUGGGGUACGCGGCCCGCAGCCUGGUGCUGAUCCCGGAGCUGUGCUUCGCGGCCUGCUCCGUCAGCCCCUCCCCGCUCGGAUCCAACCCGCUCAUCGACGCCAACCUCAGGAGCAUCGUGCUCAAGUGUCAGCAGUGCAGCCUGCAGGUCCACGCAAGCUGCUAUGGUGUGUCAGAUCCGGAGCUGCACGUGGGGCACUGGACCUGCAGUAGGUGUGAGGCAGAAGCCUGGGAUGCGCAAUGUUGCCUGUGUGUGAUGCGGGGCGGUGCCCUGAAGGCCACCACGACAGGCAGAUGGGCCCACAUCAUCUGUGCCAUCGCGGUGCAGGAGGUGUCGUUCGAGUCGGUGCAGGCCAGAGGACCCAUCAACACCAGCAAAGUACCCAACGCCAGGAUCAGAUUGAAGUGUUGUUACUGCAAGAAGAUCAUGAAGAAGGGGGUGAACAUGGGGGCGUGUAUCCAGUGCUCGGCGGGCAAGUGUGCGCUAUCGUUCCACGUGACCUGCGCGCAUGCGGCAGGCAUGGCCAUGGAGCCCGGAGACUGGCCGUUCUCCGUCUACGUCAUCUGCCAGCGCCACACGUGCAACCGGGAACGCACGAGGAAUCGGCCGCUGACGGACAUCAGCGUUGGACAGAGUGUCAUCGCUAAGCACAAGAACGGACGGUACUACCAGUGCCAGGUGAUCGGGCUGACAUCACAAACUUUCUUCGAGGUGAACUUUGACGACGGCUCGUAUAGCAACAACCUGUUCCCACAGGACAUCGAGAGCCACAACUGUGAGAGAGACGGCCCUCCCUUGGAGGGAACGCCGGUCACUGUCCGUUGGACAGAUGGUAUCCUGUACAAUGCUGUCUUUGUGGGGUACUCUACUGUCACCAUGUACCAGGUCGAGUUCGAGGACGGGUCACAGCUGACGGUCAAGAGGGAAGACGUCUACACCGAAGACGAAGACCUCCCGAGGAGGGUGCGGUCUCGCCUGUCCACGGCCACUGACAUGAGGCAUGACAUCUUCUACAGAGGGGAUCUCGUAGAAAGCAAGCGACCUCGCGUUGCCAACACGCGCUAUUCCUGGAGCCCAGAUGCCGCAGAUUUCGCUAGCGGAGGGACCCCGUAGCUCAGAAAAGUGCCGUAAGCUCUCUGUGAAAAUUAGAACCCAAAAGGUCUCAAGCAAUAGAGUACGAUUCUUGAGAAACAACACAGUUGAUUGGUUGGAUUUUUUAGUUUCUUGCAGUGACAUUCUUCUUGACUUGAUCCAAAGAUGAUUCUUGUUGUCUUUUUGGAUUUGAUGAUGUUGAUUGAAUCUGAUGUCUGAUAGACCGCGCUAAGAAGUUCAAUGUACAAUCUACCUGGUUUCAUGGUAGAUUAGCAAACUAGACCUUUUGUGUGUAGUGAUGUGGUUGUUCCUGUUACAGUAGUUAAACCAUCUGCACUGUUCUGUUGUGUAUGGUGAUGUUGGGUAUCCGCCUGUAUGUUCUUCAUGCUUCUGCACAUGAUGCGCAGCUUGCCUCGCUUUCCAAGCAAACAAAAUUGUAAGGUAUAUACUGAUAAUUGCAGUAUAUACAGUAAUGGUAUAAACCGUAGUAACAGUGAAAUUUAUCAGAAUCAUUGUAUGAUGGUGCUUACUAUACUUGAUCAUAAUGAUUAUUUUAGAUAUUACAAUUUGACAAGUGCAUUUAGACAAAAAACUAUUGAGGUUUGUCAAGGCUACUUAGACAGUGUUACUUCUUGCUCCAAGUUUGUCUAGGUGAGUACACUUGCAGUUCCAUGCCAUGUUUCUACAGAUUAAGUUGUGCUGCAACCCCUGCAAAGUUUGGAUUUCCUGCUGCUGUUGGGAAAAUGUAAAAAUGGACUCAGUCACUCCUCCAAGAGUCAUGUUUACCACCACUCAUUUACUGGUUUGCUCUUCGACAUGGCAGGUUGAAAUAAUAUCCAAACAUCACCAAACAGUUGAACAGUGCAAGAAGGUAUGUUCAUAUAGCUGUAAAAUAGUAGCUGCAGGUAGACAAUUGAUAUCGACAAAUAGAAACCACAUAGAUGAGAUAACAGAUACCAAAUAUCACAAUGCAGAUUCUGUAUCUUACUACAUCAGGUAGUAUGUUACUCAAGAAAUGAGAGAUGCCACUUAUCUUUUGUAAGAAGCUAUGUGUACAGUCUAGUGUGUUUUGUACAGAGUGUUGCACUAUGAGGGCCAUGCUAGUAGAACUGCACUUUUCAGUGUGAACCCUAGGUGGCACUACAGACAGAAGGUCAUGACUGACAAGCCCACAGUUGAGCCCAGUGAAGACAUUUGGUGGAGUAUCUUUGAUUAAAAACACAACCAGAUUUAGUUGAUUUGUGGGUUGACUACCUACAUUUAUUUCAAAAGAAAGGUUUUGUUUUCAUUGCAAAAUGAAAGUUUGUUUAUCCAGAAUUUUGGUUGAAUCAUGAUACGGAAUAGAAGUUUGUUUCUUCUAGCACUCGAGAAGUUUAUAAGCUGGUCAAAGCCAUUUUUAUCUUUGGUUGAGGGGCUUAGCAGCUAAAAGCAAAAGGUUUGUAUCAUGUCUGGAUGUAUAACCCCUCAGGGUGAACAUUGAUAGGUGCAUUGCGUUCCUUGUAGUUAGUUAGUUAGUUAAGACUAGAUUUAGAUUAACUCUGUAAAUAAAGUACAAGUAAGUGAAAUGAAAACAGUUUGCAUGUCCACACAAUGAAAAAUGUACAUUUCUCAUGAAGGUCAUUCUCUGAUCACUGUUUUCGAAAGAAAAUUCCUGGAAAAAAAUCAAACUUUGAGUGUAGCUUUUCUUUCCUUUUGUGUGUUAUUGUAUAUGUCGAAGCUUCUUGCAAAAAAAACGGACUAUUUUUUACACAUUGUAUUGGUCAACACUAGACUCUAGAGUCAAGGAAUCAAAAGAUAAAAUAUGGUCAUGUUUUACAAAAGACAUGCCAUAAUAACAAGAAUCCCUACACCAGAGAUGGUUGUACUUUAUCACUUAAAUACAUUACCCAAAAUAUCAUGCAAAAUAUUUAACAGACAUUGACUAUACUUCUCUGAGGUAUACAUGUACAUACAUUCUCAAUAUUCAAUUCAAAUGCACAGGUACACAUUUAAAUCAGAGAUAAAUGUUAUACUGCUACCAAUGUUGAGAAAUUGCAAGUUUCAAAAUUCUGUUGCAUCAUGCACUCAAACAGCCAGCAAAAGAAAACUUGUGGAGAGAAUGUUGAUACCUUUAUAUCGCGUUAGUCAACUGUGGUAUGUUUUGCUUUGUAUAUAAAGCAAUAAGGUCUUUUUUUCUAUUUAUUGUUGAGAAUUGGUGAUAUACAAUGUAUAAGAUGAGAAAUGUGUUUGUACCAAAAGUAGCACUUGGCAAGGAUAUUUGAAGUCUUAGCUACAAGUUAGGAUUUCAUCUGCUUAGUUGAUGGUACUGACAAUGAUAUGAUGCUGAAACUCUGUAGAUAUUUUGGUACGUUUUGUGCUUGGGGGUUACAGGUAGAGUGGUAUUACAUUGUAGUAUUAAGAAGGCGUUCUCCGAUUGACUUGUACAUAAACCUAUCGAGUUGCAAAACAAACAUGUAUGUCUACCAAGAUUCCUCAACAGAAGUAAAAUGUCAAAACAUG